GUGUGUGACUCGGACACAGUUUUAGACCCAGCAUGUACCAUAGAAAUGCUGAAGAUUCUUGAGGAAGAUCCGAUGGUGGGAGGGGUCGGUGGAGAUGUGCAGAUCCUUAACAAGUACGACUCAUGGAUCUCCUUCCUCAGCAGCGUGCGCUACUGGAUGGCCUUCAAUAUUGAGCGAGCCUGCCAGUCCUACUUUGGAUGCGUCCAGUGUAUCAGUGGCCCUCUGGGGAUGUACAGGAGCUCCUUGCUCCAGCGCUUCCUGGAGCCCUGGUACCACCAGACCUUCCUAGGUUCUAAGUGCAGCUUCGGCGAUGACCGCCACCUCACCAAUCGGGUGCUCAGCUUCGGCUACAAGACAAAAUUCACAGCGCGAUCACAGUGCCAGACUGAGACGCCGACCCAGUAUCUGCGUUGGCUCAACCAGCAGACUCGAUGGAGCAAGUCUUACUUCCGUGAGUGGCUCUACAACGCCCUGUGGUUCCACAAGCACAGCCUCUGGAUGACCUAUGAGUCUGUGGUCACUGGCUUCUUCCCUUUCUUCUUGGUUGCCACAGUCAUUCAUCUUUUCUACCGUGGAAGGCUGUGGAACAUCCUGCUCUUUUUAUUGACAGUCCAGCUGGUUGGGAUGGUGAAGGCCACCUACGCCUGUUUUCUGCGUGGCAGCCUGGUCAUGAUCUUCAUGUCGCUCUACUCUCUGCUCUACAUGUCCAGCUUGCUACCUGCCAAAAUAUUUGCCUUGCUCACCAUCAACAAGGCUGGAUGGGGCACUUCAGGCCGCAGGAAGAUCGUUGUCAACUUCAUUGGUGCCGUGCCUGUCACGGUGUGGGCUAUGGUGCUGCUCGGAGGUGUGGCAUAUACAAUCUACUGUGAAACACAGGAGCCAUUCAGUGAGACAGAGAAAGCCUUGUUAAUAGCAGGGACGAUACUCUAUGCCUGCUACUGGCUCAUUCUACUGGUGCUGUACCUGGCAAUUGUAGCCAAACGGUGUAACAAGAGGGAAGAGCAGUAUCACCUGCCAUAUGCAGAGGCAUAAACCUGUCGCCAAACUGGGAGGACUUUUGCUCUGAUGAUUCUAACAAGGUCUUUGCUGACCCUGUGAACUGCUCGAGUGAUGAGCUGUGAACCAGGAACACACACAUCUUCAUCACUGGUGCUAAAAAGUUGUGAAUCUGAAAUUGGAGCAGGAUUCUGAUCCAAUUGGUGGAGAUUCAGAGAGAUGACUGGAUCCAUACAGCUCUAUUUAUAUCAUGCUCUAUGGUGCUUCACAAUGAAAACCAAACAGAACUGCUCCAGUUUAUAAAGUGUUGUCACAGUUGUAAUAGUGACAUGCUCAGAAUAACAUUAGGUAGUUUAUGGGUACAGGUUAGCUGUAAAACUGUGACAAAAGGUGCAGUACGGUGCUUUUUGCUUUGAAUAUAAAGCAGAAGAUGGACAAGAUAAGACUAAGAGACAAAAAGGUCUUACUACUGGUUGGUCAGUUUUUCAUGUCAUUUUAAUAAAGAUGAGAUGGGAUAAAGUAUGUUGGAACUGAGCUUUUACAAUAUAUAACAAUAAACAAAAUAUCAAGGAAAUUCUCACAAAUUAGUCAAAGCACCUCUAUUUCAAGAAGAGGGAACCUCAACACUGGCAAAUUCUAAUGGUGCAAUUGCCUGCAGAGUCCGUGCAAUGGGAAAAAUUGUCAACUUGAGUGUAAAAGUGCGCGUUGAUCUCAGCGAAUCUACUUUAUAAAAGUAUCUAGACACAAAACACAAAGGGAGAGACAACUGAAGGAAACAGAAAAUACUGAAGUUCUUGGUGAAUUCUGAAAAAUCAGUCAGGGAUGACAUACGGACAGCCAUGCCACACACACUGUUUGUGAGUAGCUAGCUACAGCUAACGUCUGUGAACAGACUGCAAAAAUAGUACAGCAACAUUCGGUUGUAUUCUGUUCAACACACCUUAAAGCAAAGGUUAGGAUUUUAGAUCUGUUUAUACUGUUAUACAAGAUGUUUGGUUGCUGUAAUCAUUCCUCCUCUCUGUGAAGAAGGUGAAGUGAUGUAUUUUUAAUGCAUCCACAAUUGUAAAUUAUAUGAAGUGUUGGCCAAGUUUCUUAAAAGUUAUAAUCAAGU